CACUGCGCAUAGGAGCCGGGGCUUUGUGGAGAGGCAAGGCCCAUGGAGCGAUGCCCGGUGAUGGAGGCGGCCAACAGCUCCAUGGCCGCCCUGGACUUCAACCCCAUGAAGCACUACAUGGUCCUGAGCGGGCCCCAGAGGGUAGCUGUCGCGGUGCUGUGCACACUGCUGGGCCUGCUCAGCGCCCUGGCGAAUGCGGCUGUGCUCUAUCUGAUCCUGUCCUCCCACCGGCUCCGCAGGAAGCCCUCACACCUGUUCAUCGGUAGCUUGGCUGGAGCCGACCUCCUGGCCAGUGCGAUCUUUGUCUGUAGCUUUAUCAACUUCCACGUCUUCAAUGGCGUGGACUCCCAGGCUGUCUUCCUGCUGCAGAUCUGCAGCGUGACCAUGACCUUCACAGCCUCUGUGGGCAGCCUGCUGCUGACCGCCAUCGACCGCUACCUCUGUCUGCGCUACCCACAGACCUACAGAGCUCUGCUCACCCACAGGAGGGCGCUGGCGGCCCUGGGCCUCAUGUGGGUCCUCUCUGCCCUGGUCUCCUACCUGCCACUCAUGGGAUGGAGCUGCUGUCCCAGUCUCUGCUCUGAACUUUUCCCAUUGAUCUCCAACGACUACCUGCUGGGCUGGCUCCUGUUCAUUGCCAUCCUCUUCUCUGGCAUCAUCUACACCUACGGCCACGUCCUCUGGAAGGCCCAUCAGCACGUGGCCAGCCUGGCUGAGCACCAGGACAAGCAGGUGCCGGGAAUGACCCGGAUGAGGCUGGACGUGAGGUUGGCCAAGACGCUGGGGCUGUUGCUGGCUGUGUUGUUCGUGUGCUGGUUCCCCGCCUUGGCCCUCAUGGGCUACAGCCUGGCUACAACGCUGAGUGACAAGGUCAAGAAGGUCUUUGCUUUCUUCUCCAUCCUGUGUCUCGUCAACUCCAUGGUGAACCCUGUCAUCUACGCCCUGCGCAGCAGGGAAAUCCGCUCCUCUGCCCGGCACCGCCUGGCAGGCUGGAAGAAGUGCCUGAAGGGACUCGGGGCGGAGGGAAAAGACGAAGCCCCCAGGUCCUCCAUAAAGUCCUCCAUCACCGAGACAGAGGCCAACAUGAAAAUCACCCCAGGCCCAGCUUCCAGAGAUCUGUUCUACUUGGAUUCCUGAUGAGCCCUCUUUCCCUGUCUUUAGCAAUCCAGAUCAGGCAGGCAGACAGAGGGGCUGGCCCUGCCACCUUUCUUAAGCCCUCUCCCGGGGGGGACACUGACGCUUUGUGUUGAGGAGCUUUGUGACUCAGGGAGGGCAGUCUGGUCCCACUGCCUGCACACGGCCAGUUCACACCAGGUCAAGAAACCUUCCCACCGCUGGCUUAGGGCUGGCAUCUUCUACAGACCACAGGAGCCCACAGGAAGCCCUUGGGGCUGGCAUGGUGAACUCGGAGGAGCUCCAAGCCCAAGAGGGCCCUGCGCUCCUGGGGACUGACGGUGUCAGAUGAGCUGUCCGGGCAGCGUCAGGACCUCCUUGGUUCUGAAGUUAUGAAAGGCCCCACCUUCAGGUCCUCUGUUCCCCUAAGGUCCAAGCACUAGGGUGUGAUGCAGAUGAAAGUUGUGACCGUCUUCUUUAGAGAUAAAUGGGGAGCCCUCCUCCAUUCAGGGCAUCUUGCUGCUUGGGUAAGGGCCCUCCUGACCCCCUGAUAAUCCCUGUUCCCGGCACUGUGACCUCUGAGAGGAGGCUGGGGUCACAGAGAUACAGACUUCUGAUGCUACCACGUCCUGCUCGGUGGUGCCCUGGGAAAAGGGAGCCACGCACAAAGGUCCUUUCCCCCCCCAGAGCGUCCCCUCCCACCACCUUUCACCCUGCUGGGCAUGCUCCAUGCUCCUGUGAUGCAGGACAAGCAGGAGCAAGCGGGAGAAGUCACAUUGCCUACUGUGUGCUGGGAACACAGCCCCACUCGUCUGAAGAUCUCAGGGCACCUGAUUUAUAUAUCAGAGGGGCCAGCUUCCCGCUAGAAGGGCUUAAGACAGAGUUGAGGGAAACUUGGCGGUGGGAGGAUUAUGGAGGCAUUCUGGCACUGUCAUGAUGAAAGGAGAGAUACUGAUUAAAGCUGUCUUCAGCAAACGUGCAUGUGAGAAGGUGUCCCAUGUUCAUUCUCUCUUCCACCUGCCUUGUAAGUAUGUGCAGGCUCUGUGCUGGGUCCUCUGGAUACCCAGCCAGAAAGGGGACUCUGCCCUCAUCUGGGGACUGGCGAGAGCAGGGAUUCUACAUUUUGAAAAGAAGAAAGCCAAAAAGAAAUAGAUGAUUACAGGUGUACAGUGAAGGGCAUUGGCAAAUUCAUGUGACAGGGAUUAACUGAAGUAACUUCAGGUGGGACGGACUGCUACAUACUCUGGUCAUUCCUGCUGUGGCUUUUAUUGAGGUGCUUUUGGGUGGGGGUAUGCAGUCUGGACUGGCCAGCCUCCAGGUUCUGGGAUGAGAGUCGUGCACUGUUUAGUAUCCAAGGGAAAAUUAGUUCCAGGAACUUUUUAUAUAUUUACUUCUUUUUUUUCCUUGAGACUUGGCCUU